AUGGUGGUCUUGGCCACGAAUGCCGCGGCCACCGGUCGGAGAGACAUCGCUCAGGAGUUUGUUUGGGUCACGGACGUCUUCCCACCGAAGGACUUGUCAUAUCCCAACGCCUCGCUGUAUGUGGUGAAGGAUGUACCAAUGGCACCGAUGAUCCCCGUGGUUACCACGCGAGACUGCCGGAGCCUACCUUCCGUGGCCAACACCGUACCGCAACUCGUGGCACGGGAUUGUGCAGUCCAGAACUAUGACAUCCAGCCAGAUCUUCCGGCGGGUCUGACCUUGGACCCCAUCUCCGGGGUGAUCAGUGGGACAGCGACGGAGCUGCAAGCGCGGCCGGAGAUCUACUUGGUGACCGCGACCAACGAAGGAGGCAAGACAAGCGCUUACAUCACUCUAGCUGUGAUUGGCCAGAUCAGGGACUCGACGCUCUCCAGUUGCGUCACGGCGCCCAUGACCGGUGACCUGGUGCUGACCUUCAGGCUUCCCAGCAUCUCAGAGGUGCCUCGUUUGGAGGCAAGCCGGAAUUUUCCACAGAUGCUGCGGCUGGUGCUGCUGCGGCCGCUACUCCUCACACUGCUACGUAGUUCAGGCGAUCCCUUGGGCGACGUGUCCCGCCGCGCGGCCAUGGGCUGUGGGACCUUGGUCUUGGACGUGGACUCCACGGCGCCGGGAGGCUUUCCACCUCCAACACUCUGUCACUGGCAAGACUCCAAGGACUUGAACCUGGGUGAUGCUGGUGCCAUUGGGGCACGUCUUCACCUCUUGUUCCAAGGGGAAGCGACGUUCCAGAACGACUUCAGCUACCAGAUGGUGCUGAAGGCGGGUUUCACGCCCUCUUCGGCGAACCAAGAGUUGCUGGAGCUCACCCUCUUUGCCAGUGAAGCCUCUCAAGACGAGCGCGGCCUCUCGGCGGAUGCCUUUGGCGCCUGGACGAACCUGGCUGCGUUGCCGAAGAGCAGCCCAGCACUGCAGCUGAGGCAAGCAGUGUUGCUGCCCCAGGAAGACACGCCAUGGUACACUGGCAGGCCCAUUUACUCGCCAGGCUUCAGCAAUCCCCUGGUCGGAGAGGUGCCGAGCGGCUAUCCAUAUCCUGAAGGCUUUCCAGCUCCUGGGGUCCGGACCUGCGUGAACUUCAGCAGCUACUGUGCCACGUCUCCACACCAGUAUGUGAACACCGCCGAGGGGACGGCCUGGUACCAGGACACGGAUGCCGAGUUGGGAUUGUUUCCCUUCUUCGCGCUUUUGACGGGCACGGCGGUCCUCUUGCAGGAGAUUCAGGCUCAGAUGCUCUUCAACCCCUUUGGGAGCUAUGCAUUGAGUGCUGUGAACUCGUUCUCCUUGACUGAGCGCGUCCUCACGAACCUCAUGAGCUUCCAGAUGGAGUUCGCCCUUUCACCUGACAUCAGUGGGGCAUUGACCUUGGAACAGUUCAUCACGGCAUGCCCAUCAUCUCCACUGCGGACACCUCUCAUGAGAUUAGGCCCGGUGUGCAGUGUGCUGGCAGGUCCAUCCUUUGUGACUUGCACAUGUGAGUCCUCCUUGCAAAACCAUCCGCUGCAGCGGUGCGACCGCCUGCGGAUCCGUGUGAACGCUGGAGGUGAUAUUCGGGCCUCCAUCACGGCUUCCGUGCGGCUCUUUGCCACAGAGGACUGGUGGCCAGGCUACCAACCGACCCAGUGGUAUAUCCAGCUGAAGUCCGAGUUUGGCGGUCUCAAUUCCUACCGCAAGGUGGCCAAUGCUGGCUUCACGGUGUGGCAAGACUUCCUGAUGGUGCAAACGACUCCAGAGCUUUGCGCCGCAGAGUGUCUGAGUCGUUUGAACAAUCCCGCACCUUGCAACUCCUUCAAGUAUCACAAAGUGGAUCAGGACUGCUACCUCUCCAGCUACGUCGAAUCCGCCGCCUCGCCGCUGCGGACCGAUUGGCCUGGAGAUGUCUUCGACUACUACGAGUACCAGGAGCAAGUCGCCUAUGCCUUGCAGACCCAGCAGGUCUUGGUCUUCUCUGGGGUCUUCUUCUCCAACAUCACUAUGCUGGCAGAGACUUACUUGCAGCCGCCGCCUCCGAGUGCCCCGGCCUUCGGCGCUGUCGAGCUCUUCUUCCCAAGCUAUGUCAAUCAGCCGUGGCUGCGCUGUCGGAUCGACUUAAGCUUGGUGGUGCCUAUCCAUGGACAAAGCACCCCAACGAGCUUGGAUUUUCUGGUCCCCAGCGGCUUCCUGGGGAUGGCGCUCGAAACGCGACAUGUCGCGGUGCCCACGCCCUUGGGCCGUGGCUACUGUGGGGUGGGGCGCUGCCGGUGGCUGCUGACAGAUGGCCAGGCCCUGUGGCCCAAAGUGAACUACGGCUUUCAGGUGACUUUUCGGAACCCUCCUGACCCGCGCCUCGUUGGAGAGUCGUGGAUUCUGCAGGUGGUCAGCUCUGGCUUCGUGGACGGCCCGAGCUACAGCUCGGCUCCAGUCUCUGUGCCUCAUCCGCUGGCCGUGGACGGGCAACUCUUAGGCUGCGCUGUGCACCUCAACGACCCCAAGUACCAGCCCAGCUUAGGCAACACAAACUCCUCCCUGGAUCUCUUCUUCGUCCUUGCAAACGCCUGGAGUGCUGGCGCUGUGCUGGUCGUGCAGCUACCGGAGGCCUUCAGUUUGACGUCGGACUGUGAAGUGUGGCCUUUGACGCCGUGGUUGCGCUGGGACGAGGUGGCUUGUACUUCCAGCAAUGCCAGUCUGGCCGUGAACUUCACCGCGCCCCUGCCGUCGGGCGCGGCGCUGGCGCUGCGGAUCGCUCCGCUUUUCCUCACGGAUUUCGCGCCAAAGGAGUCCCUCAACCUCCGCUUGGAAUCACGCCCCGUCGCGGUCCAGCAGCAGUUUGGCGGCGCCUUGUUGGAUGCCCGCGAUGCCUGCCACCCGAAGGUAUGGUCUUGCGGCCUCUACCCGGUCUGGGCCGCUGAGCUGGUGUGGCGGCCCUCGCUGUAUCGGCUGGACUUCUUUGAGGCGCGGCUGUCGAACUUGGAGCGGCGGCGCAGCACGUGGGUGCACCUGCGCUUCGCAGUGAAUACGACCUUGGCAUUUCAAGGAAACCCCGAGGAUAUCCUGAAAAUCAGCCCACCCUAUGGUUUCUCGAUCCUGGAUGUUCAUUCGUCCUCGCUGCAGGCACUGCGAAGAAGGGAGCAGAGCGGCCAAUUGAAUCUACCAGAGGUCGUGGACCUCCCGACGGCCAUUGAGACGUCCAAAGGGACUUUUCUCCUGAAGCUGGACUCGCGGUCCAACUUGCAGGGCUUGCGCGUGAGCAACUUGUACGGUGUUGUGCAAGCACAGCAGCAGCACUUUGUGAAUCUGUCGGUGUCCUUCCCAGAGAGCGGGGUUGAGCCAUCUUUGGUGGAUGUGCUUUCGAGAGAGCCCAACCGUAGUGCUUGCGCCAACGUCUGGGGCCUGGGUUUCGAGGCUGAAGACCAAGCGCUGGUCUCUGGCUUUGCUCAAGGGGAGAUUCUGGCAGCUCUAGAGCAGUUAGUGGUGGAGUGCAACACUAGAGCUGUGGAUGCCAGCAAUGCCUUGUCCAUUCGCUUUCGGGCCACUGGCCGUGUCCUAUCUCUACCAGCCGGUGAGUCUUUGGUAAUUGCGCUUCGCUUUUCUCAAGACUUUGAGAUGACAGAGCCCAGCCCCGUGGCUGAGUACGCAGCGCCUGACAUGCGCUCUACCGAGACGGGCGUGGAGCUGGAGGGCCGGACCUUCCGGAAGUUGGGCUGUCCGAGCUCCUUGGCGCUCUACUCCUUGGGCCGCCGGCUCCGUCAGGAGCUGCCGGGGUGUGUGGUCUUCUUCAAUGACUUCCAGAGCAUCACGGAAGUCUUCUUCAAUGCAUCUGGAGUUGUGCCAGACACCUCCAACGAGGUGCUCCUCCGUGUCCGCAACCCACCCUGGACGGGGUCUGCUCCCAACAUCACGCUGGUGGCCUAUCGCACGGACCGAAGACCCUUUCGUCUGGUGCCCGUGCCCUUGUCAUUGGCGGAGUCCACCCGGGCCCUGGUGCCACUCCAAGUUCCCUUGACCACCCGCUGCGACCCGCUGCUCCGAGCCAUGGAGGCCGAGGUCUUCGCGGGAAGCUGCUUGCUCCCGGGCUUCGCCUCGGAGGUCACGCUGGGCUUUCUGGCCCCCGAGGUCUUUCAGGCCCCGGUGGCUGCCACGCUUCGAGCGCCCGAAGGCUUCCGCAUUGCUUGGGACUGCAACUUCGAGGCCUCGCAGCUCGUGGGCCCUGGAGGGAGGACCUUGGAGUUUCUCCUGGCGGGCUUCUUCAGCGACUGCGUGGUGAUGCCGGACGGGCGAUCCAUCAGCUUCACCAUCACCCGAGACAUCAAGGCCGUGACAUCCUGGACCUUCUUUACGAUCCAUGCGGUGAACCCUCCAGUGGAGGAACUCCCAGCGAGUACGGAUCAGUCGAGCUGGGCUUUGGAGGUGGGAGCUCAUGCCGCCUAUGGCGCCAUGCAGCUUCCCCUCCGCACCUUCCAGGCAGAGCUUGUGGAGUUGCCCCACUGGUACAAUGCGACCACACGGCCAGUGCUCUUGAGCUUCAGCUCCUUUUCACCAGUGCCGGCUGGCGGCUAUGUGGUGCUCACAGCACCAGAAGGGCUCCUGCUGCCAGAGCAAUGCGCACCUCGACGUCAGGCAGCCACAGCGGGCCUUCCAGUGUUGCCGACACAACCCUUUCGAGCCUUGGGCAACACGCCUCAGCUCACGACCAGCUGUGAGGUCGAUGGGCAACAUCUUCGCAUUGCCCUGUUGGAAGGGUCGCUGCCUGCAGGGCACUUCGAGCUGCGGUUCAUCAUCACUGAGGGAGUCAACUUUGCUGGAGGUGCGCGCCAGUGGCGCCUGGAGAGCUACACACCUCAGAGCUGCCAAGGCACUUGCUGUGUCAGGCGCCCGCACUUCCGGAACAUCGUCGGUCUCGAUAGCUUGCAGCUGCUGGACACUGCGGUCUUCUAUGCCCCACUGCCUGGCCGCUUCAGACAUUUGUUGAGCUGA